CCUAACUAAGGUACAUACCUCCUAACUAUUCCUCGGAUAAAGGCCGCUUACUACAACAUUAUCGAAGAGUUGCGUAUAUUCUCUAUAUUCUACUAACGAGAUUACCCCUGAACGUAUAUUAUGGCCAAAGAAGGUGGCUGCCUUUGCGGCAAGAUCCGCAUCUCAACUGAAGGCGAGCCUAUAAACAAGAUGCUCUGCCACUGCCUCGACUGCCACAAAAUCUCAGGCUCAGCUUUCAGCACCAAUGUCAUCGUGCCCGCCGCCGGCUUCAAGGUUCUGUCAGGGACGCCCAAGACUUACUUCACGCCAGCCGACUCAGGCAACGGGAUAACGUCGCACUUCUGCGGCGACUGCGGAUCAACUCUGUGGCGCAUCGGGAAAAUCUCCGACUUUAACCCAAUUCUCAAAGCUGGUGUCAUAGACGACCCGGACUUCUUCAACAACGACGCCAAGCCAAUCGUAGAAUUGUACUCGCAUCGGCGGGUGGAUUGGAUCAAGGAGAUUCCUGGCGCAACUCAGACUUGAGAGUUGUGGUUGGGUUGAAGAUGUGGACUACGUUAUUGAUAUUACCUAGGUAUACUAUAGGGGGAGUAAACGCAUAUUGGGCUCAACUAAACCAAUAAAUAAAUCAGAUUAAACACUUGUUUGUGCCUAUGUGG